AUCUUUGUCUUACACAAUUUCAUAUUUCUAUUUACUAAUCAUUCAUUCAUUAUUUUAUUAUCAUUUUGAGUUUCUUUUUGUUCUGAAAUCAUCAUCAUUUGAUAUCUUGGGUGUGUUGCUUGCCAUCUUGAAUGAUUGUGCAUGCGUCUUUCCAAAAUUUGUGUUUGCUAUAGUUGGCACCUCAUUUUUAAUGUUCGUCAUCUUUAAUUUAAUUUUCAGAUUAGCGUGAUUCUAUGUAAUGAUGUAACAUGCAAAGCAGAUGUUUUUACAUAUUAUAAUUUGCAUUACAAUAUCGGAGUGAUAAAGAUGAGACUGAUGUCUCAAUCGCAACAGCUACACUAAAGCACGUAAAUGAUUCUAUCAGCAUUGAUCCUAACAUGCUGGAUGAGAACUCAGCUGAGUAUGAUCCUCAGUCUCAAAAAUUUAAUUUAGUUCCAGGUGAUACUAUCAUAGCACUUGGCCGCUAUAAUGGAGAACAAAAUGGGCUUAUGGUUAUUGCUGGGGAGUUUAGUAUUAAUUUAACAGGAUUGGAUUGCCCAGAGCUUUUUAGAGCUGAGUUUGAAAUUGUCAGACAUGGAAUUGGGGGACCAAUCAUCAAUCGCUAUGGAGAAGUGAUAGGAAUUACCUUUUAUUGUGCUUCACUCACGCCUUUUCUGCCAAUCAACCUAAUCUCAUUGUGGUGGGAGCAGUUUAAGAACAAAGGGCAUUGUCUUCUACCUCGUCUUGGAAUGGAGUUGAGCAAUCUUUAUUUAUGGGAUAUAGCUUUUCUGGAGUCGGUGAUAAAAAGGUUUCCAAAUGUCUUUCAAGGUGUUGUCGUGGAAGAGAUAGAGUCCAAUGGUUCUUCUACUGCGUUGUCGGAAAAUGAUGUCUUUAUUGAAUGUGAUGGAAAACCUGUACAAAAUGUUUUGGAGUUUUUUUGAGUUGAUAUGGGACAAGGUUGGUUACCCUGUUGAUCUGACUGUGCUACGGCCAAGUGAUGGGACUCAUUUGAAUGUAACAAUGGUUGUUGGUAAUGUUGGCCCGAAUGAAACUAAUCGAUGGCCGUUGCCCAAAUGGAACCUUGGAAGAUAUAGAAAACUCUGUAAUUGAUAUUGAUUGCAGGCACCAUUAUUCCUCAACCACAAAUGAGACCCCAGAAGGAAAUAAGGCAGUCCAGGCACUCAAGAAUUUCUAUGCCCAUUGCGUCCCUGAAGAUUGCAUCUUAACUACCAAUUUAUGGUCUGCUGAGCUAUCAAAACUGGCUGCCAAUGCAUUCCUGGCACAAAGAAUAUCUCCACUGAUGCUUGAUGUCCGUGUCGCUGCUUCUGUUGUCGCGCUGCCUCCCCGCCUUCCAAACUGCAAGCGCAACUCCUCUAUUCUUAAUAUUUAGAUCUGGAGCCGUUGCCCUGUGGAGCACCCGCCGAUAUUCGACAUUUUGUCCAUAUUUAAAUAUGGUCCUAUGUUUGUCACUCAAAACUCAAGAGUAAUAUUUCUGUCAUUAUUUCCAAUUCCAAUACUCUGUAAUGGUAAUAAAAAUAAUAAUUAUAAUCAAUCACACAAGUAAACUCUAUUGCCGUUUUUAUUUGACAUAAGUACACAUUACGUAUCAUCGUAAUAAAAUGUUGC